AUGCGUAGAGCCACCAUGGCAGGCGUGCCAGCCAGAAAUUCAAUUUCAGGAGAAGCCAGUCGAUUAACACUUAGUGAAGACCCAAGAAAGAGACAAAGAAACCCAAGAGACAAAGGACACCAGGAAGAAAAUAUAAAUGCAAUCACAAACUUCCUUGCGUCAACAGAAUAUGACAGGCCCUUUUCUUAUUCCCUUCUAAGCAACCCAUCCUUAAAGGACUUUCAGUCUAUUUUCAGACACAUUCAGUCAUUCAUUGACCCAACCAUAGAAUUCACCAAGAAAUUUGAAGAGGAGGUGCCUUUCUUCUUACGAGCAAUCAAGUACCCAUACACAUCAGAGAUUAAUAGAAGCCAGCUGAUUGCAAUUACGCCGCACACAUGGCCAGUUCUUCUGUCUAUGCUUGGGUGGCUUGUGAAAAUAGUCAAUAGCACGUACGAGCUGAUGAAUAUUCCAUCGAUUGAGGAAGAGUCAAAGAGCAUUUUCUACGAGUUUUUGUAUAAGGAGUAUGCAAACUAUAUGGAGGGCAGAGACAGCAAUGAUUUGGAGGAGGCAGUAGAGAGGGAGAUAGCUCUAAAGAAUAAAGAAAGAAUAGGAAUAGCAGAAGAGAAGAAAGAGUAUCUGAGAAGACUCAAGGGGGAAAUAAAGAAUGAAAGCACGCAGGAUCUGGAGGAUGCAAAGGAGAAGCAGAGGCAGGCCCAAAUUGACUUGGAGAAGAUCAUUAGUCUAAGGAAGACGCAGGAGGUAAAGAACAAAAACUACAAAAAAUCACAUGAGGAAGUGCUCCGGGCGUACAGAAAGCUAAAAGACGAGUCAGCACAGCUUCUGCAAAGAAAGCACGAGCUAGAAGAGGAGAUAAAGAUGCAGCCAAUCAAGCCAGAAGAUGUGCAAGAGAUGACAUACGAGCGAGAUCAGCUAAUAAAGUCGCUGGAGGAGAUAAAGAGAUCGAAGACAAUUCUGAUCCGGGAGAUAGACAUCAAAAAUCAAAUGAUAAAAACCCAGGUGGAAGAGUUUGAGAGUAUUCUGGCAGACAUUAAAAAGAUUCGGACAGGCAUGGAUAUAUCAAUUGAAAUUAAAAGAACAAAGACAGCAACAGAUCUCCUAGAGUACGAGGAAUAUUCUGUUGAGGGGAAUAUUCUAAUGCACGAAGGUGCAGCAAAGGAAAGGCUUGAGAGGCUUCAGCACGAGAUUGAGAAGAUAGAAGCAGAUGCAGAGCAAGAAAAGGAAAGAAAUAUUCUCUUAACAGAAACACACAGUGCUCUUUCAGAUGAAAUAGAGCAGAAAGAAGAAAGAGUGAAAGUUCAUGCGCAGGUCUACAUAGAAAAGAAAGAGGCAACAGAAGAGGAAUAUAAAAUGACAGUGGGCCGGGUAGACAAAGCAGAAACUGAAUUGUUAAAGAUACAGACAGAAGGGGACAACGGGCUCUUCCAAAGCGAGCAGGUCCUGGAGAGAAUAAAAAUCAGGAAGGGAAGGGUUUUAAGUAAAAUUGCUGUAGAAGAGGCAGAAACACAAAAAAUAACGGCAAUUGUGGCAGCAAACAUUCAAAGCCUGAAGGAAAGAGUGGAAGAAGCAAAAACCACACUGGAGCUACCGUGA